UUUUAAUUUAUAUCUGAAAAGUGUUCAAGACGUGCGAAAUACGAAAUUCUUAUUGCGGUUUAAAACCAUUUAAUUCUCAAAUAUUGUGCAUUAAAAAUACUUGAAAAACGUUUACUAAAUCCUAUAAACUGUCGAUAGAUUGAAAAUAUAACCAGUAUUUAAUUGGAAAGACAAAUAAAUUCGAAAAGAAUCGAAACAACGCAGCAGCAUUUCAGUGCAGGAGCAGCUGAAUUUUAUUCCAUUUCAGUUUCAGUUUCGUACAAUGGAAAUCGAGUUCACGUCGUCUCUUGACUCAUAAUUUGUUCAUUUUCGUCAUAGAAAAUACAGAGAAAAAGCAAAACGGAAAAAGGAAAAAACCAGAAGAAUAAUUUUUGUUUAAAAGCGAAAACGUGUGUGUUAAAAGUUAAAAUAAACAUUUAACAACAUUCUACAAUAACAACACAACAGAAUCUGUAGAAGAUAAAAUAGAACUAAUUUAAGUUUAAGUUUACGUGCGAAAAGGUUAAUAAAAUAAAAAUACUGACUUGUGCAAAAUCAUAAAUUUGGUCUUAUUAUUGCAUGAACGACAAAGAAGCAGAGGAAACUGGGCUGUUCCGUGGGCUAACUGCGAUGGAAAUUUCUGGUGGCCGUGACCCCAAGGAGACUUAUCGCUCCUUGUAUAUGGUCACCAAACAAUUGGAUGAUGAAAAAAAAUCCAUAGUAUCAAUGUCCGAACUCUUCGAUCAUGACAUCGAAGAUAAACGUUCACAGUUGGUGCAACUGUGCAAGUCCAUUUUAUUUAAAGACUUUCAAGUUGUUGGUAAGAAAGCACGCGAAAUACUCUGGCGCAAAGGUUACUACGAAUUUAUAGCUUUCGUAAAGAAGAACUGGAAUAAAGAACAAAAAGAAGAAAGUGCCGAAGAGAACUUCCAGAAGCUGGAGAAGUUUCUGUUCAGUGGUAUCGCCAACUAUAAGCGUAUCGCAUCUAAAAUGGAAGAAAUCUACGAUUUAGAUUUGAAAUUCCUACUUAAUUUCGGUGUCUUCACUGAGGGGGUUGAUGGAUGUGAUUACCGCAAGAUCAGCACCAGCGAUGGUGAGGAAAUUAUCGAUGACUUCGUGGUGGACAAGAGUCUCGAGGCGGUUAGUUUUGCCUUGGACACAAUUCACUCAGCAUUGCUUUCCUUGGGGGACUUGCAUCGAUAUUUUCUUGAUUUCAAAAUUGAUUCAAAGCCGAAGAUAACGAAGAAAAUGGCGGCGAAAUUUUAUUACGAGGCAUUCAAGUUGAAUCCUGCCAUUGGCAUGUCCCAGAAUCAGCUGGGAACUCUGUAUUACGGACAGAAUUAUGACCUGGAUUCCAUCUAUCAUUAUCUGUACUCGUUGGUGUGCAUUGUACCAUUUGAAUUGAGUGAGAAUAACGUGUGCAAAUUGUUCCAAGCUCACGCAGACUACCUUGAGAAGUUAGAUCCCAAUAAGGUUGAGUUCAAUCUGAAGGAUUUCUAUGCUCGAUUCUAUCUGAUUGUGGAUAUAUUCUUCUUUGACAAAGAAGUUCCAGACUUCAACAGCUUGUGUCAUUGUGUCUUGGUUGAUUUGAGGAAGAUUCUGUGCUCGAAGAGCAUCAACAUCACGGAGGCAAGUGUCUUCAAGGUUGUCAAUAUUCUGUUCUUCUGUUUGUCCAAGUUGAAGAUGAUCAACUCGCAGAAAGUGUACUCGUUAAACGCUUUCCUGGUGGCAGUUUGUUCUGAUCUCAUGGACGCUUGCAUUGUCAAUCUAGAGCAGGUGGUUUUGUCGAAAUCGAAGGAGAACGAAGAAUUCCACGAGAUGUACGCGAAGAAAUUCGAGGAAUUCGAUAUGUCAGUGCGAAAGAGUCGCAAUGAGUUCAAGAACUGGAUGGCCACAAUGGGAGAGACUGAGAAGAAGAUCAAACCUCCAUCGGACACCGAUGAGCAGGAGGAAAUCAAUGGGAAGCGCGAGAUCAAAGCAUCGGUUGUUGUUUCAAAGAAGGAUAACGAUGAGAAAAACCCACAGAAUUCGACACGCAGCAGUGACGAGGCCAAGGAAUCCGACUUAAAGACACCAUUGUCGAGUAAAAGCAAGAAGAAGGGCAUGAAAUUGCGACGCCGUCGUAGGAAGAUAGCACAAAGUGACGAUAGCAGUUGCUAUGACACAGAAUCCGACAUGGACACGGACUUCUCCUCCGAGGAAGAUGAAUACUCGGAUUUGAGUUCGAAUUUCGAGAGCGAUUUCAGUGAUAUCGAGGAUGGCGGAGCAUUGCCCAAUGGCAAGGAAAUUAAACAGAAAGCCGAAGAAUCAGAGGACGAUGAGUUGGAGAACAGAAACUACCCAACCUUUUCCGAUAACGAAGAUAUUGUUAUCGAGGAAGAGAAGAUCAUAUAUCCUGGAGCUGAUUUGUCCCAAGAAGUCGAUAGUGAGGAGCUCCUAAAGGGCUUUGAGAUCCUCAAUCUGAAUAGUGCUUCAUUGGGCGCAAUCAAUUUUAAAUCAGACAUCGAGGAGGAGGUGAAGGUGGGUGAUCCGCCCAAGAAAUUGGUCUAUCGCAAUAAGUACACCAAAAUUGACCCCAACAUCAUUGUGGACUUUGUUCAAACCGAGCCGACAAUGCGUGCUCUGAAGAUUCUCUUUGACUGGUUGAAGAUAAACCAGGAGAUUUUGUUUGGAUGCUAUCACUCCAACCCCGAGUUUAUUCAUAAAAUCAUGAAGCUUCUGAACUACUGCAACAUUGACAUCUUCACCAGAAAGGUGUACUUCGAGAGGGAGUUCUUGCUCACUUCAAAUGUCCGUGAGCCUCUGAGUGAACUGUUCGAUGUCCGCGCCGCGGUUCCUUUAUCGGAAGAUUUUGUUCUGAAGAACUUUGAUCUAUUCCAAAGCACACAGAUGCAGCUAGAUUGGGAAACCACAAUUCGCGAGAAAAUUACUCCCAACGAGGAGAACAUACUGAGAAUCUUCAAAAUGGUCGAUUUUGGAUUCUUUAUUUGCAAACAGAAGAAGUUCAACUAUAGAUUCUGUGUUAAGUCGAGGAAAUUCACCGAGAAUGUGAAGAAAAAGAGGGAGGAGAAGAAAGUAUCCUCAUCCCGUCGAAGGGAACGCAGAUCGGCAAAGAAUUCGAGGAAGCGCGUAGAAGGACGCACUCGUCGCUACAGUGAUCGUAAGAAUGGAAUCGUACGCAAGAGCUACACCAGCAAUGAAGAGAAGGACACAGUUGAGGAGUGCAAACGAAUGCCCCGCAAGGGUUACCUAAGAAAUCGCAAUGCAGGCGAAAAAAUUGAGAAGCUGCAAUCGAGCAGUGGCGCCGAUGAGGAACGCAGUGAAGCCCAAAAGAACGAAGUCAAUAAGAAAUGCGAGAUAAUGGGCAAAUUGUGGCUGAAGAAUGAAGUGGAAACUUUGGAAGAAGAGCUCCGCAAAAAUCCAUUGAAUAUGAUUAUGACACCAUUUGUUGUUGUCGAUGCGAAGGCACUUACUGAAUAUACAGGGAUUGUUAAGAACUUGGUCAAAAGCAAGAAGUUUAUUGUUUUGAUUCCAAAUGCAGUAUUUAAUGAAUUGGACGAUUUGAAGAAGCGCAGCGAAAAUGCCAGGAACGUUAUUCGUUGGCUAGAGCAAGAAUUCACCCAUGGCAACAGACAUAUGCGUGCCCAGAGGGAUAACGAGAAUAUGACAUUCUCGUUGGUUAAAAUUCCAAGGAAGCUCGAUCGCGAGGCAACAGUCUUCGUUCAAAUUGCUCAAUUCUGCAAUCACCUCGUUGCCAAUCACACCGAUCCCAAUUCAACAGAAUUCCAAUCGAACGUGGUAACUUAUCUAUCGGGAGAUAACUUGCACGAGAAACGUCAUACAAAUUUCAGUUUCACUGGCAUCUUAGACGCCAUACCAGUGCGUCAUGAUCAAAUUGCUAACUUCUAUGCUAAAUUCAAAAUGAACAAAAAAUGAACAAUGCCACAAACGGAGGAACAAGAAAUAAAACAACAACGAAAUCAAUCCAUCAAUGACGAAGAACAUAAGAAGAGAGAAGAUUUCACCAGAAUUUUUAAGGCGAAAGGUUUUGAGGAAAAAAAUUAAUACCGAAUUGCGCAUGCGUGUUCAUUUCCAAAAAAAAAAAAACUAAAAAAAAACACCACAAACAACAUACAACAAAAACAACAUGCAAAGGGCAAGCGUAUAUUAUAUUCGUACAUAUAAAAAGUAAAAUCUUUAAAAACCUAAAUCAACAACAAACAAAUUCAGCAAACAGACAUUUUAUGUGUAAACACAACAAACCAAUUUUUGUUUUAUAAGGAAAAGAUGAAUGGGAAGAUGAAUGAGGUGUAGAGGUAGAGAGGCAGUAAAUGUGGAAUCGUUUGUUGACGAGUGGUGGUGCUGCUCCCCCUCCCACACGACUCACGGUUGUAAAACAAACAUUUUUACCAUAAAACGAUCUUGAAACAAUAUAGAAUUAAAACAAACAAAUACAAAACAGUCAAAGCCAUUUUGCAAAAGUCAUACAAAUUGUUCUUGUUACGGUCAAAGAAAUUUUUUUUUUAAAAUCCGAUUGAAAGAAACAAAUAUCCAUUAAAUAAAUAAAUUUCAACAUUUAAAAAACAAAAAUACACAACAAAACACAAGCAGAUUAAAAGAUUAGAGGAACACAAAACCAAGAAAAGAGAAAAAGAAAAAAAAACAGCGAAAGAGCAGCGCGCAAUUCGAAGUGCAAAAAGGCGAAAUCGCAUCCAACAAAAUUGUUCUUUAAAUUGUGAUUUUAUCGUGUAUUCGCGUCUUUCCCGAGCUUGAGUUUGUUCUUUUAUGCUAACCUUUUUGCUUCAAAAACAAACAAACAAAAUUAAAAGAAUUUUCAGCGAAAAAUUACAACAAAAAAAAAAAAACAAAUUAAAGAAAAGAAAAAAACAACAACAACACAACAAACAUAAAACUACAUGGGUCUUAAUAUCUUGAAAGGAAAAAAGGAGUAGAUGUGGACGAAGAAAACUAAUGCAGGACAAACAAAAAUAUAAAAUUAAAUACUAUUUUAUUAUUAUCCUGCAGACAAUAGCUUAUUAGAUUUUUUCAUUGCUUUAAAUUAUUAAAUUUAUUUUUUCUUAUUUUUAUUUUGAAUUUUUGAAUCAUAUCGAUCUUUCUUUUAUAUUUGAAAACAUUUUAUUCGACAGAAUUGGAAUAAAUAAAACAGCUUUAUGCUUUCCAAGAAGGAUUAAAAAUUAAUCGCUUGAAUUAAGCAGAUUUAAUGGGGGGUCAUUGGCCCCCACUGAAAAUUAAAAUUUUAUCAUUUUUCUUUUCUACACAAGUCUUGAAUUAAUUUUGUAUAGAGCGGUUUUAAAACAAAUCUACAUCCUUUCUUUUUUUUAGACAAUAACAAAAAAAUAUGUUUAUUUUGUGUUUUUGUGUUAAGUAUUUUUUUUAGUUAUUUAAAUUAAUAUAUGUAUGUAUUUCAUCGAAAGAAGAAAAUUUUAUUCAAUUUCUAAAUAUGAAAAUCCUUUAUAACAAAAACAAUACGUGUCAAAUUAAAAAAUGCAUUGCAAAUAAAAUGAA